CAGCGGCUACAGGAUAUGGCUUUGGGGGUUGCAAUGGCAGUCUGCCUCCUGUUCAAAGCAAUGGCGGCCGGGCUGACAGAAGAAGAUGACGUGCGUGUGAUGCCUUCAAGCACGAAGCAGCAGCGCAACUGGACAGUUAACGACACAGAAGUUGACUACAUGGAAGGACCUGUAGCUUUGAAGUUCUCCCACCCUUGUCUGGAAGACCACAAUAAUUACUGCAUUAAUGGAGUGUGUGCAUUCCACCGUGAGCUGAAGAAAGCCAUUUGCAGGUGCUUUACUGGCUAUACGGGAGAAAGGUGUGAACAUUUGACCUUAACUUCAUAUGCCAUGGAUUCUUAUGAAAAAUACAUUGCAAUCGGAAUUGGAGUUGGAUUGUUAAUUAGUGCUUUUCUUGCUGUCUUAUAUUGCUACGUAAGAAAAAGGUGUGCAAAUCUGAAAUCACCUUACAUCAUCUGCUCUGCGGGGAGACCACUGUGAGACCUCAUAAGGCAUAUUCAAGUCAUUUGACUAAAACCAUGGAGACUCCAAUGAAGCUCCUCAGAUGACUCAGAAUGUGACAAGGUAACUUGAAAAUAAUGGUGGUUUGGGUGACAAUGCAGUAAAAGGAUAAAGCUGAACAUUGAUUCUUAGAUCUUGCCAUCUUUGGGGCCAAAGAAUCUGUGUGAACAAGCUGCACAGAAGCCGAGUUUACAACUCUACUUUGACUUUUAUUGUGUGGUCAUUGUCACCUCAGAAGGACUUGUUCCGUGUUUCUGAUCAUCUCAAAUGUGAGUUUUCACUUGAAUUGUUUACCCCACAUCAAGUCAAAGUAAUGCCAUGCCUGGGUUCUUCAUGUCUUCAACAUUUUGGGUCACAUAUUUAAAUGGACCAGAACCUAAACCUUUGGUCCUCAUGCUUUUUCAAGGAAUUUGUUAUCAGCUUUUAAAUAAGGCCAAUGAAUGGUUCUUUGAGUGAACAGAAGAUGUAUUCAGACUGGACCACUGAAAGAAAAUGGAGUAACCAAGGCAAGCAUAAAUCAUACCCAGCUUGUGACAACUGAAAGUCACUUGGACAGCAAGUUCUGAGUAGGCAAAACUGCCAUUUCUGUAGGGAUUAUAAAACCUUGUGUUGGGCUAAUCUGUCCCCUGAUGCUUUUACUUGUCAUGUCAUCCUUCCAUAAGAAGGCUCACCUGGUGAUCAUCACUUGAACUGAAGUCCUAGAAUUCGUCUAACAACUAAAAGCCUCCAACUAGUCCAAAAAUGGAAACUGAAAACUAUAUAGAGGACAACAGUAUGUGGAAUGUUAUCAUUUUUUGAUUGAUUGAUUGAUAAUGUAUUUACACAUAGGUAAAAAUGGAACAAUGGUAGACAUACUUAUUUGGGAAUCAAUAUCUUUUGAAUUGUGUUUCUGCCACAUGAUCCAGUCUUGGGCAAAUUGUGUACUUUCUUUGAACUUUGGUUGCAUUUUCGACAAUAUCCUUAUAACUCUAAAACUGAACUAUAGGAGAAGAAAAAAAUCCCUCCUAUAUCUGUAUUGCAAGUGAGAUUAUCCUCAACACUUCCAUUAUCAACCCCAUCUCUAACCCCAAAGUACCCCCUGAAUAUUAUCCUUAGUAUAUAUUUUAAUGUUCAAUUUAUAAAAAAAAUAAUUUAUUUUUAGGGUAAA